AUGUUGAAGCCGGGCGACCCGAGCGGCUCGGCCUUCCUCAAGGUGGACCCGUCCUACCUGCAGCACUGGCAGCAGCUCUUCCCUCAGGCGCAGCUGAAGGCUCCUCUGGCCCCGCCGCCGCCUCCACCUGACCGCCUCUCCAUCCCCGUGGACAGCCUGCGCCAGUCCCGCCUGCACAGCCACCUCCUGGCCUCCGCACACUGCACCUCCUCGUCCUCCUCUUCCUCCUCUACGUCCUCCUCAGCAGCUUCGUCUUCAGCGGCGGCGGCGGCGGCAGCAGCAGCAGCAGCUCUCACCCCGUCCUCCUCCAUCUCCAUCUCUGCCUCCGCAGGGCUCUCCCAGCUGCCCGUGCCCCAGCAGAUCGCUCUCUUCGGGCAGGCGCUGGCCCCGGUGUGUGCUGGGCCUGGAGGUCCUGGAGGAGGAGGAGGAGGGGGACCAGGAGGACCAGGAGGACCGAGGUUCAAACUGACGUCGGAGGAGCUGGACUACUACCUGUACGGACAGCAGAGGAUGGAGAUCAUCCCACUGAGCAACCACACGGGAGAGAUCAACAACCGUUGCGACAUGUGCGCAGACAACAGGAACGGCGAGUGUCCGAUGCACGGCCCUCUUCACUCUCUGCGUCGACUCGUCGGCACCAGCAGCUCGGCGGCUCCCGUCACCCUGCCGGACGUCCCUGAUUGGCUCAGAGACCUGCCCAGAGAGGUGUGUCUCUGCACCAGCACAGUUCCUGGUCUGGGUUACGGGAUCUGUGCGGCUCAGAGGAUUCCUCAGGGAACCUGGAUCGGCCCGUUUCAGGGAGUCCCUCUGCUGCUGGACAAACUGCAGUCCGGAGCCGUCAGGAACACGCGACACCUGUGGGAGAUCUACGAUGCAGAGGGGACGUUACAGCACUUUAUUGAUGGUAAUGAUCCCAGUAAAUCCAGCUGGAUGAGGUACAUCCGCUGUGCCAGACACUGUGGGGAGCAGAACAUGAUGGUUGUACAGUACAGGUCCUGUAUCUUCUACAGAGCGUGCAUGGAUAUCCCCAGAGGAACGGAGCUGCUGGUUUGGUACAACGACUCCUACACUUCCUUCUUCGGCAUCCCGCUGCAGUGCAUCGCCCAGGACGAAAACUUGAACGUCCCAGCCACGGUGGUGGAGGCCAUGACCAGGCAGGAGUCCCUCCAGUCCUUCAGCAAAAAUGGCAAGCCCUCCUCCUCCUCGUCUUCUGCCUCCUCUACCCCCUCCACCACCCUCAUGCGCUCCAUGGUCUUCCCCCACUCCCCCUGCUCUCGGAGUUUCUCCCUGUUGGACAAGGUUGGGGUCGGGGUUCAGUCGGACUCGGGUUUCGGCCAGCUGGGGUCAAAGAACCAGCGUGUCCUGGCGAGCCCAACCUCCACCAGCCAGCUGAGCAGCGAGUUCAGCGACUGGCACCUGUGGAAGUGUGGCCAGUGCUUCAAAACCUUCACCCAGAGGAUCCUGCUGCAGAUGCACGUCUGUCCGCAGAAUCCCGACAGACCGUACCAGUGUGGCCACUGCUCCCAGUCCUUCUCUCAGCCGUCGGAGUUGAGGAACCAUGUGGUGACGCACUCGAGCGACCGACCCUUCAAAUGUGGAUACUGCGGCAGAGCGUUCGCCGGGGCCACAACGCUCAACAACCACAUCCGCACGCACACCGGAGAGAAGCCGUUCAAGUGCGAGCGUUGCGACCGCAGCUUCACACAGGCCACUCAGCUCAGCCGCCAUCAGCGACUUCCCAACGAGUGUAAACCAGUGAACGAAAGCAGCGAGUCCAUCGAGGUGGAUUAA